AUGUUACUUGUUACCUACGCCAGCGACCAGUUCCCGCAUCUAUCGAUUGUGGAGCGGUUUUGGUGGGCGCACUACGCUUACUGGCAGAGUGGCGCCGUCGCGACGGGCCUCUUGACCUUUUGGUCUCACGAGGUCGUCUAUUUUGUUCGAUGCCUUCCCUUGAUCGUCGCGGACGCCCUUCCGAGCCACUUCUUGUGCUGCAAGAUUCAGGAAGCGAAGCAGCCGUCGGCCGCCCAGCAGUGGGGGUGUACCAAGUUUGUCCUCCUCAUCCACUUUCUUGUCGAGAUGCCCCUCAUCGUCCUCUUCCACCCCCUGUGUGAGCUCGUCGGGCUCAACAUCCAGGUACCCUUCCCGACCUGGGGUGCCAUGGCCGCCCAGCUGGUCGGUUUCUUCGUCCUCGAGGACGCAUACCACUACUGGGUCCACCGUUUCCUGCACUGGGGUUCCAUGUACCGCAAGGUGCACUGCAUACACCACACCUACGCCGCACCCUUUGGCCUGGCCGCCGAGUACGCGAGCCCGUGA